CUGGGAACAACUUCCCAGGGAGCUCCUCUUGUGGUUGUGUGUUCUCCACUGAUGAAGAAAGUGCACCAACGGGGGAGCUGUGCUUCAUAGAUUCCUCAGGGAAUAUGGACAGGGAGAACUGCAGGGUAUUCCUCCUCCUGACCCACAGCUGUGCAGGUGGCCUCCCUCUGGGCAUUCUCCUCUGCCAGUCUGAGGAUGAGCAGACUAUUGCUCAAGGGCUGGAACAGCUAAAACAAGUUGUUGGAGAGAAGGGCUUUGCUGGCAGGGGACACGAAGGGCCACAACUGGUCAUCACAGAUGACUGUAGGGCAGAGAGGGAAGCUCUGGGAAAAGCAUUUCCUAAGGCCACACUUCUCCUGUGCUCCUUCCAUCUGCUACAAGCAGUUUGGAGGUGGCUGUGGAGCAAGGAGAGUGGGGUCACUCACGGAGACAGACCGGCACUUUUUGCCAUUGUAAAAGAGAUGCUUUACUGUCAGGAGAUAGGCAGUGUGGAUAGGCUUUACAGCGAGGCAAGAGGGCAUCCAGUUGCAGCCAGUUCCUCAGGUACUUGGACCGGCUGUACGCCAGAAGAGAGUGUUGGGCCCUCAGUUAUAGAGGCAGUUUCCUCACCAGAGGAAAUAAUACCAACAAUUUUGCAGAAGCGGCAAUGCGUGUCCUCAAGUACAAAAUACUGCAGAGGACAAAGGCCUUCAACCUUCCUCAGCUGUUUGAUCUCCUGACUUCGAGGCUGGAGACCUAUUAUGAGGCACGCAUCGUUGAUGUUGCCCUUGGACGCUGGGAAUCAUUCCAAUAACGAUAGACGCUUCCCGGGUAGCAGUUCUCUUCCCUCCCUUCAAUCUAACCCUUCCCUUCCCCCCAUCCUAACCCUAACCACUCCCUACCUUUUUACCUAAUCCUCCUUCCUCCCUCCCAAACCUAAACCCCAAAACCUCUCCUCCUGUCGUGUAGUGUCGUCAAUUCGCUUUUAACGGUAGUGCCUCUCAGCCACCGUAGUGUCGUGUCAGGUGGGCGUGUCGUGUAGUGUCAUGUAGUGUCCGCGGCCGCAGCUAGACCA